AUGUCUACCGGAACAAUCUUCAUCACCGCUUCCAACGCCGACUUCAAAGUCGCGAACCGCUUCCUCCUUCUCAUCCGCGACUGGGAGUACGGUUCUGGUGACCGUUUCCACAUCAAGAUUGACAAGAACCACGUUCGGUUUGACGCAAACGGCUACAACAACACAGUCACCGACGCAGGCAGCCUCACAGCGGACAACUUUACCAAUGAGUGGAAGGGCGCCAGCUUAUCCGAUGUCGAGACCUGGAUGCUUGAAGCGACGAGGCAGGACCCGACAGGAGAUCCGUCCUUAUGGAUCCUACUGGAUGACGAAGGAGUAGAGCAGCAAACGUGCAUAUUGGCUGAACGCAGAAUGCCAGAAGACAACUACGGCAUGGAUCCCAAGCCGACGUUCACCCUCAACAAGAUCCGCCUGUCCUGGGAGGAGGUGUACUCGCCGUGGUGCAAUCUGGACAUCGCUAACAUGAGCUUUGAUGAGUUCACUGCAGAUGGCCCGGACGCGGAAGGAUGGUGGGAGUACGAUAGUUCCAGCAGUUCUGAUUUGCCGGACGAGAAGAAGCAGGAGAGGGAUAACGAGGUGCAAAGACUGAAGGAGGAGGGCAAGGCGUGA